AUGCCGAAUCUCGACGCAAAGAUACACGAGACAAUAGGUAAUAGGGACACCUUCACUCUUUUCCCCAAGCUUCCCCCGCAGCUUCGACGGUACGUAUGGAUCCAGGCAUUGCCGAGCGACUUAAAGACAGCACCGGCCUUUCUGUUUCCGUAUAAGAAGGGCUGCUGGCACCAUGAGCGUGUUAUAAAAUCUGAUGACAACGACAAUGAUGAUCAUCCCCGCUCAGUCCGCACGUAUGAGUUCCGCACUGAACUUCUCGAUACGGCCCAGUUCAAGACCAAUAUCGCAUUGGUCAACCGUGAGUCCCGAGAGGUUGCGAAGACUUGGAUUCGACAACAAAGGGUUCUGCAAGCGGCAACAUGGGAUACAACACCCUCAGCGAUCUUCCAUGCUUUUGACCCCAACCGCGAUGCCCUGUUCGUACCUUUGAUUCAGUGGGACGAGCUUCUCGAGGAGUUGUACGAAGGAUUUGUCAAUACACUGAGGGGCUGGGGGCACCUUGCUCAGAUUGCCACCUCAAAGGUGAAGUACUUGGCUGUGACAGAUGACUUGCUACUUUGUGAGUUUGAUACCGUCCGUUGGCUGCGGGAUAUCCUUGUCGCUUUCCCCAAGGUAGAAGCUUUGCUGGUUGUUGCCGGCCCCAUCGACUACAGUGGCGAAACAAAGCCGCCAAGAUACUAUAACUUCAGCCAAGCAUCAGAACUGUGUAAGUACAAAUGGAACAACGGACGUUGGGGGCUGGACCGUGGGAGUGGACAUUAUCUCGACGGCGAGAUACAAGAUGGAUCCAUUGAGCCUUUGCUUGAACACAUCAAGCAUGCUUUUGACCUAUUCCCCCGCGUCGAACCGUUCAUUGAGGUUUGGAGUGUCGUUGCUGAGAAUAUCCUCUAA